AUGGCUGACAACAAUACAACAGCUGCAGAUGGUGGUAGCAGCUCCUCUCUGCAACAAGUUAAUGACAUGAUCAUAAUAGUCCAGGUGAUGAAUGCAAUCUUCAUUUACAUCAUCUGCCUGCUCAUCUUCACCUUCUUCAAAAAGGACACCUUUCUCUCAAACACACGUUAUAUUUUCUUUGCUCACACACUGCUGACUGACUGUUUGUACCUAAUCAUGACUAAUAACUUGCUCCUCCUGACUUACUUUAGUGUCACCAUGCCAGCUGCUGUGUGUGUUUUCUUCUGUGUGUUGCUUUGUGAGUUGACCUUUGUCACGCCGCUGACACUGACAGCCAUGAGCCUGGAGCGGUAUGUGGCCAUCUGCAUGCCCCUGCGCCAUGGAGAGCUCUCCACUGUACGCAGAGCCAUUCACUGCAUCCUACUCAUCCACAGCAUCAGUGCCAUACAGCCCAUCAUAAUUGUCUCCAUCUUCUUUGCCUCAGUCCCUCUGGACUUCUACACGCAGUAUAAGCUGUGUUCAGCAGAGAUGUUUAUUGCACAUAAGUGGCAGAGACACCUUAGAUCAGUUAUAGGUCAGUUAUACUUUCUGGUCAUGUCCAUCACCAUUGUGUUUACCUAUGUUAGAAUAAUUGCAGUGGCCAAAGAAUCUUCGGACAAUAAGAAAUCUUUAUCUAAAUGUCGUAAAACGGUGAUUCUCCACGCUAUCCAGUUGUUCCUGUGUCUGAUCCAGCUGUGGUGCCCGUUCAUUGAGGCUGCCAUCCUGCCAAUUCAUUUGAAAUUGUACAAUGUGAGAUUCUUUGAUUACAUUGUUUUUAUUCUGGCCCCGCGAUGUCUUUGUCCACUUGUCUAUGGCCUAAGGGAUGAAAAGUUUUUCCUUGCAAUUAAAUGUUAUGUAUUUUUUGGGGUGAAUAAGAACAUUUCCCCAAUACUUGUUGAUAACUUAAUUACUGGUCAUAUGAAAACAUAACACUUGCUUAACAGGCAAG